UUCUUUCUCCGCAUCUCAUUAUUCCUCCCCUGCGCCAUCUUCUUUUCCAUCUGCCGCAGAUCUACGAAUCCUUCUUCUCUUCUCCUUCACAAAGGAGCAGCCAGACCUAGAAGCCCAAUCGAUCAUAGCCAUCGCCAUGGCCAUCGCCAUCGCCAUAAGGAAGUCCACUGUCAUCACUUGCCGCCGUAGAUCGACUUGCCUUCUCCACAGAUCUACAACGGUGGAGGUCAUAUUUGCAGCGGCAGAUGGCGGAUUGGCUUCGACGGUGGCCAGAUCUGUAGGGGCAGUGGCCGGAAGAUGAGGGAGGGUAGAUUUGGCCAGAUCUCCGGCCGUGCCAGCCAAAUCUGCAGCGGCGAUAGCCAAAUCUGCAACGGUGGUGGUCUGAUCUGUAGUGGCGGCUAAUUUUGAGGCGGCGGAGAUGUCUGGCGACCGGCGGUGACCGGCGACCGACGGCGGUUCACAUUAUGUUUAGCGGCGGUUUUAUUUCCAGACUUCACAAGGGUGUUUUUGUCAAAGUGCAAAUAAUAACUCCUAUUUAGGAGAUUUUUAAACUUUAGUCCUAUUUUGUCAAUUAAAGAUGAUAUUUUUACAUGAAUAUUAUCAAAAGUCAUGGGAGUUACAAGAAAGUGACUUAUAGCAUGGAUCACGUAUGAGCAUCAUGGGAUUAAGUUAGAGCAAAAAGUCAUAUUUUU